AGCUUGUUGCUCGUGCGCUCAGUUCCAGAUGAGGCCCGACUAUGCCUCCACGAAUGCCAUUGAGGCCCACUGGGGUAUCUCAUGCUGUCCUCAGGAAACCCGCUGCGAGUAGGGACCAGUCCGUGUGCUUGUUUUGUUCCCUAUCGAGAGGUUCCAGACCUACGCCGACGCUGACGCCGACACGCCAGCCGAAACGAAAAGCACUGCAUCACUAUCGCUUGGAAUCCACCGUCAAUACUAAUGCUACGUCCGAUGCACGGAAGGAACUGGAAGAUGCAUUGGUCGCAUUGCAGAAACAUGCAGCCAAUUAUGUAAAUUUGUCGAGAGUACAACUCGCCCUCAAUGGCUUGCGACAGAAGCCGGGCACAGAGUCUGUACGGGUCGCCAUAUUGGGUCUUACCAAUGGAUCUGAGUCUGGAAAGACGGCGAAAGAAGUGCUGAAACUCCUUCUAGCCGACCCGUUGAAGUCCGAAGAAGACUGGGAGAGAGAGGUGGAAGGCCAUAAUCUUGAGCAACCCAUGAUCGUACGGGUUGGUGCCGAGGAACCGCAGCAGUUGGGCACUCUGUCGUUGACCAAGGGGAACUUGUUGCACGAGGUCAAAGUUUCUUCAGCAACUCUCAACGGGAAUAGCUUGGAGUUUCUGCUCAUGGAGACAAAUCUAUGUGCUUCGGCGCCAGAACAGGGGUCACUAGGAGGAUUUGAGGAUUCGGUAUUGGUCCCGACGGUCGAUAUACCAACAUCUAGCACGGGGAGAUAUACGCCUAUCACGACGCCUGUGCACAAAGCUCUCAUAGUCGCCGACGGAAUCAUGGGUGCAGCAUCGGUGGCGUCAAUACCCAUGCUCACAACCGAGGGCAGCGUCGCAGCGGCCGUCAACCUACCCGAAUACAAGCCAACCGACGAAUCAGCACUACCGUUUACUCCAGUAGAUGUCGGAACUGCAGGUAUCGGUCUAGGUCUCAUUCGAAGAGAUUUAAAAGACGCUAUGCAGUACGAGAAUCUCUGGUUCCAGAGUAACAUACCAAGGCUGGUCGAGUGGCUGAAAGCUGAUGUCAUGUCCACGGCUGAUCAUGUUACUAAGCCACCUGUUCGGCGGCUCAUCGCAUCAAUCCUCCAAAACGCUGCGGCGUCAAUUGAACGUGAAGAAACACAUCGGCUUUCCGCGUCGCUAACAGCAGCAGCAGCAGGCCCUACUGUUGCACGCUUGAAGAUGGGACUCGCAGACUGGGCAGAAUUUGCGCACACCGAGCUCCAAGAAGAGCUCGAUAUGGCAUUUGCAAGCCGGCGAUGGCGCAAACUGGGCUGGUGGAAGCUAUUCUGGCGCGUCGACGACGUCAGCAUGCUGACCAGUGACAUUCUCAACCAGCGGUUCCUUCCCGCAUCAGAAAGAAGUGUCAUUUUUCUUGCCGGGCGGAUGGAAGAAGCCGGUGUUUCCCUGAGCUCUUCGACAUCCCAUCCCGAUAUGUCACCAGCCGAAUCUCAGUCAGAAAAUGGCGUAACGUCGACAGCUACCCCAGAUCCCUCCGCACAAGCCGCCUCCGGCUGGCCAAGCAACAUUCCAUCCACACGAGCCUACCUCCAAAAUGUAACUAUACCCGCUCUCCAAGCUUUAGCCCAGAAGCUCGUCAUGCAAACUUUUAGCACCUCGGGCCUGACCACAUCCCUGGGCGCUCUCGCCUACUUCGGCACCCUGACGACGGGCAUCUACGAGGCUGGUGCGGUGGCCGCGCUGGGAAUCAUCUGGAGCCUGCGGCGUAUGCAGAAGCAAUGGGAGACGGCGCGGGAAUAUUGGGAAGGCGAGGUUAGGGAAGAGGGCCGCAAGGCAGUCCAGGGGGUGGAAAGGACCGUGGGUCGAGUGUUGGAACAGAAAAGCAAGGGGGGGGGCGGCUCCCAGGAGGGCAGAGAAGAUAUCCAAGAUGCGCGGGACUUGGUGGAGAAGGCCAGGGAGGCUUUGGAGAGGUUGGAAUAGGACAGGUAGGACGAAUACGGAGAGCCGCGGUGUAGACUACUACCACCUCUCUCAUCCAAGUAGAUGAGAAUGGCACAAUACCCGUACUGUAACAAUUUCACUAAGGUUAGAUUUGCAAACCCCUACAAUGACUUUAAUUUCAAGCCGUAAAGUUUCUAUAGUGGUUCUCUCGAUGUAGACGGGGGGACUUCACGGCACUUGGAACCCCAGCUUCGUCACUUUACCUGUGUUGGCAAUCCACCCCGAGUAGCUGCCAGUGCGUGAUAGUGAACAGACCACUAGGCCUAAGGCUAGAAACAUGCUUUGCUUGCCUCACUCUAAUGGUUUUGUUCGCAGGUUUCUGUGUACAACG